CUUUUCUGCCACAGACUUCAGCUUUCUUGCUACUAUGUAAUAUUUCUCUAAUGCUUCAGAAUCAGUUUGGUGCAUGUGCUGACUUGUGUGAGUUCUGAAAUCUGGAAAUCUGAAAUCCAGAGGAGCUUGUUCAUUCAGUCCUGCACAGGAAUGAUGAACCGCACGGGGAUUUUCUUCAUUUUCUUGGCUUUUUCAGUGCAACUUAAAGCGACUUUACAAGGGCACAUCUGUGUGUCAGAUUACUACUCUACCAUCAGCUGCUCUUUAAAACUACCAGUCACAUCCACUAGAAACAUAUCAUACCGACUGGAAGCUCACUUAAAAGAAAAGAAGUACGACUGCCAACUGCAGAGAGUACGUGAAGAUCACAUCUGCAGUUUAACAGUAUCAGAAUUCAGGAGUUUUGAUGAAUAUAAACUUUAUUAUUUGGAAAAUGGAACUGAGAAUUCAACUCUGUUGGAUGCAUCUUUUAAACCAGUAAAAAAUAUUAAACCAAAGGCUCCGUUUAAUCUGACGUUACAAUAUGCAAAUGGAAUGUAUAAUUUCUCCUGGAAGAGCGGAUAUGAAAAUCAUGUUUACCGAAUGGCUCUACCCAUCAAACACCAAUUCAUGUACUACAAAGAUGGGAAUCUUACAAGUGCGGUCAGUGUUCAAGCAGGACAAUGAUAUUCAGAUUGAUGAAAUGAACUUUGAUCCGGGCACUACAUACAUUGUGAUGGUGAGAACUAUGAUAGAGAAUGGAAGUGUCUACAGGGGAAUGUGGAGUGACUGGAGCAGUGCAGUGAAAUGGAAAACAGCACACAAAGAUGAGCCCAGUCAAGUCAGCAAGAUUGCCAUUGGAAUGUUAUCAGUGGUUGGACUUUUAAUUCUGCUUAUGGCGAUUCCUGCUACAAGAUUUAAGAUGAAAGAAAUUUCAUGGGUGCCGACACCAGCAACGUACUUCCAGCCACUUUAUCAAAAUCACCAUGGCAAUUUUCAGUGUUGGGUUUUGGCAAAAAGUCCUUUACAAGAUUUUCAAGUUAUGGAAGACUUUUCAAAAAUCGACAAGAUUUCCGAGGUCAUAACCACACUACAGGAUCAGGUUGAGAAAAUGGGCAUGUAUCCCACAGCACAGUGCCCCACACCUUAUGUGGGCCCCACAACUGAGGUCUGGGCCCCGUGCCAAAUGACUGAUACGCACAGUGAGACAAGCAUCUCGUGUGAGGAUUUUUCUUUGUUCUGCGAAGAGUUGCCUGAGAAAGUGGGCAACCUCAUCCAGUCUCUGAACGUGACUUGUCUGAGUGGGGAUGUUCUGUCUCUGAAGAACUCGGCUCUUAGUCUCGAGUGUCUCGAGGACUGCGAGGCUUCCGAAGCACCGGUUGUCAUUAACCCAGUGCCUGUGUGUUUCAAACAAGACUAUUGCACACUCACCAACACUCCCAAAGGACCUGUUCCCACCUUCAACAGAUAUUUAGAGUAGGAUGAAAACAGUUCCAAUGAUUAAACGCAGGAAAGCAUUACACAAAGAAAAUCUACAGAUAUGUGGACAUCCUCAAUUGAUAUCUAAGACUGAUCAUUAAAAAAAAAAAAUAAUAAUAAUAAUAAUCUAGCCAUUCUUAUUCCUCAGUAAAAACAAGUUGUCCGGUGGUAAAGUAGCUCUGAUAUACCUUCUAUACUAUGGCUUACAUUCCAAGCGAGGUUUGAGUUUUUGUGUGCAGUGAUUAAACGUUUGCAUUUUUUCUUUCAUUCAUUAAAUGAUAUUAGUGUUGAAUAUAUUUCCAUUUGUGAUAUUUGUAGUGAGAAGAUUUAAACUGACUGCAAUUUCAAGAUAGACAUUUUGCUGUUCACAAGUACUGUAUUUACACCAAGAUAAAUAAAGGAGUUUUCUGCUA